AGUGAAUUUAAUACAUGAAUAAAACUACCUCAACGCUGAAGUCUUGUCUACGGGAUAAGACAAAGGGGAGUUGCUCUACGUGUUCGCUCGGAUCUGAUGCAUCGACGAUCACGGAUUGCAGUGAUACUACCGCAUCAUCAGAUGCCGAAAAUACCGCGCCCAAGCGUCGGUGUUUGUCAGUAACUUUUCCAGACCAACAGUCGACCUCUUCUGCGUGCUUUACACGGAGUCACUCAUGCGUUGAAACGGCUAAAGUGUCCAAUGGCAUUCACGACUGUCUACCUACAGUCACUUUGGAUGUACCACCGUAUAGGAACGUAGAAGAGCCCUCGAUACAAUCAUUGGCGACUUACCAUUAUGUGGAAAGUUAUAAAGACUAUAAUAGGCGCAAUUCGACAUGGCAUCCGAGUGUGUCAGCUGGUCUAUCUUCUACUGAAGGGUGUAUGGGUGCCAUCUUGGCCUGCCUCAGUGUGCUACCAUCUCAAAGACGAUAUCGUCUUCUCACACGAUGAUAGUGAUUAUAUCGUUUCUGGAUGUAUUCGACAAUAACACCUCGCAUCACGCUACUAUGACUAUUACUAUCAUUAAUAUUUUUAUGAUUCUUCCUCUCUUCUCAUAAGUUGGUUAUCCAAGCUGUGACAACUGUACCAAACUCAGCUCGUAUUAUAGUGCUUCAACGUUGUUUGAUGACUCCUCACAACUUGGUGCUCGGCAUAAGUCGUUCAGACCCGAUCGUGGACGGACUGGACAGUUCAUUGAGAGUUCUUCGUCGUAUCGAAGUAGCUGUACUUCCUCAGAGUUCUAUACGAGAAUUCUUCGUGGAGAUUUCCGAAACUCAGAUUCGAUUUUCCUCAUGCGCGGUGUCUGGAAUAGCUGUAAAUAACUUUUCUGUGAUUUCGCACUCUACUACGCCGAAGUAAGUUCCACUAUACUGUGUCAGU